AUGCAUUUGAAAACUGGAUUAAUAUUCUUGGUCAUUUGCUUUGCUCUCCAAGUUCAGGGAAGCAGAGAAAUCUCCAAUAAAGCAAAUCGUGGUGAAGCCAAACAACUUGCAGAUGCCUCAGGGUCAGACAAAAUAGAAAGAACAACAAAGAGGUCCAGAGUGUCAACUAUAAGGAGGAUAUUUGACAUGGCAAAGCACCGAACAAAGAGAUCACCCUUUUUUUCUACUGGUGUGAAAAUUUGCCCACAAGAAUCAGUGAAGCAGAUUUUAGCCAGUCACCAAGCUUACUAUAGAUUAAGAGUCUGCCAGGAAGCUGUGUGGGAAGCCUUUCGUAUUUUUCUGGAUCGGAUUCCCGAUACUUCUGAGUAUCAGAACUGGGUUACUGCCUGCCAGAGGGAAACCUUCUGCAUAUUCGACAUUGGCAAAAACUUCAGCAAUUCCCAAGAGCACUUGGAAAUAAUCCAACGGCGAGUAAAACAUAGAAGCUUCCAGGAAAGGAAAGAUGAAAUAUCCACAGACAAAACAGGUGGCAAAAAGCUGGAGGAUGUUCCUUCUGUUUCUACAGGUCCCCCCAGCACAUCCCUUUCUAUGUACACGCUGGUACCUAAUGGAACACUGCUCAAUGAAAUUGUCAACGAGACAAAGACUCCUGUGAAGGAGCUAGGAACAAAUACGGUCCCAGAACUGCCUGCAGAGCAAAUGGUAGAAUUCAGCGUCACUCUCACUGAUCAGGAGUACACAGCUGAACUCAGUGACCCCAAUUCCCCACAGUAUCAACAAUUAGCUGCCAAAUUUCAGCUACAGAUGCAAAAAAUAUUUGAGAAACUUCCAGGAUUUAAAGAAAUCCACGUAUUAGGAUUUAAGCAGAAGAAGGAGAAAGAUGGGUCAAGCAGCACUAUAGCACGAUACAUGGUUAACUUUGAGAGAGAUGGCACAGAAAUCAAAAGCGCUGCAAGUGACAUCUCAACUAUUGGAUCAAAUAAGGUUGAAAAUGAAAAAGCUUCACUUUCUGCAAAGGAAGAGAGGGAAAUAUCAGCAACCAAACUCACAGUAACAGACUUGCAGCAGCUGGUUGCCACAGCGCUCCAUGAAGACAGGUCCCUGCCAGUGGACCUUGGGACACUUCGGUUUACUGAUGAACCUAUUAAACCGUCAAGUGAUUUUGAUAAUGAUAUCCAAGGCAUGGUCACUAUUCCUCUGGCAGGCCCUGAUUUAGAUGACACCAUAAGUGCAGAACUCCCACUGGUUUACCCCAGCCCAGCAGCAGUGGACCAAACUGGAGACAUCUUUGUUGACGAAUUUACAACUGGAAUCCCUGUUCUAAGCAGAGAGAUUGGUGGACCUGAAGACUUUGAUAGUAAUUUUAUUACAUCUGAACCUGUGUUCCCUACCAAACCCUCCAGAGAACCACCUCACGACAAAUCUCCAGAUACAGAAGAUAUCACUACUGAUUACCAAAGAUUCACAGUGCCUUUCAGUGCUCUGGUUAGCACAGACAGUCCUCCAAAACCAGAGGAUUCCUACCUGCCUCCUCCAGCAGAUGAGUCAGACAGCAAUGACUUAAUUACCGAUGAUGAUGAGUCUCCAACGGAGCAGGUUAUCACACUGGCAGUUUACACCACAGGUAGUUUUACCCUACCUACUUUCCUCCAAGCCACAGAUGAGAAUACUGAAUCUGAGAUGAAGAAAGAACUGGUUGGAAUAACAGAACCACCUUUCAAGGAAGCUGAUCAAGACAGCCUGUCUGGACAAGCAGUGAAGAUCAUGGAUGAUCUAGAAUCAUCAGGAGAUGACAUUUUGGUUACAACUAGCCCUUACAAAACAUUGCCUUUCCUAAUUGGUUCAAGCGAUCUCUUUGCCACGCAGCCGGAGGUCACUUUUGCAGCAGCACUGCCACCAGACCAAACUCUGCUGCCCACAGCGACCAGCCCAUCCUACAGCCAUUCUGUUGUCAUUGACCAGUCCCCUGGAGUACCUGACACCUCGAUGCUGGCAGCUGGCAGCGUUCUUCCCGACAGUGCCAGCACAGGAGUGCAGGACAUUGCUGCUGAGGUGGACAGCGUCGGUGCAAAGAGCACAGCAGUGCUGGAUGAGGCAGAGCACGGCAGUGGCUACAUCUCAGUGCAGACAACUGAGCCUGCAGAAGCCACCCCAGCUCCCACGCUGAAGUAUGUGACCACCAGCUCCAUGACAACCGCAGCCAAAGGCAAAGAGCUCGUGGUUUUCUUCAGCCUGAGGGUAACCAACAUGCACUUCUCUGAUGAUCUCUUCAACCGCAGCUCGCAGGAAUACAAAGCGCUAGAACAACAGUUCAUGCAAUUGCUACUUCCAUACCUUCAGUCCAACCUUACAGGUUUUAAGCAACUGGAAAUACUUAACUUCAGGAAUGGAAGUGUGAUUGUCAACAGUAAAAUGAGAUUUGCCAGAACAGUGCCAUAUAAUAUCACAGAAGCAGUACACUGUGUUUUGGAAGACUUCUGUGACGCUGCUGCCCAACGCCUCAAUUUGGAGAUUGACAGCUACUCCCUGGAUAUUGAGCCAGCUGAUCAGGCAGACCCAUGCAAAUUCAUGGCAUGUGACGAAUUUUCCAAAUGCAUAAUGAACGAGUGGACAAAAGAGGCUGACUGCCUUUGUAAACCCGGUUAUGCAAGCCAGGAUGGAUUGCCCUGCCGGAGCCUGUGCGAAAUGGAACCACAUCUUUGUGACAAUGGUGGGAAGUGUGAGUUAGUUCCAGGAAGAGGAGCUGUCUGCAGGUCACCAGACCUGCUUACAAAGCCAGGACUGACAAGUUAGUCUGUGAAAUUCUGCAUUUCCAGCAUCAGGCAGACAAAACCAAGGUAUUCAGAAUAAGGAGGUCUGCAUUAUUCAAGACUGGAGCUCAGGUGGAUAAUGCGUAACAAAAAAAGUGAGGAUUCCUGAGGAUAUAUCACUUUCUCUUUAAAUUAGUACACAAUAAAUACAUCGCGUCAUUACAGAAAAACAGCUCGAACUUGUUGAUCAACUGUUUGACCAUGUCUAAAAUUUGCCUGGUAAGAAGUAACCUGUGUUAAAGUGCAUGCAUUAAGCAUACGGUGUAUAUAUAUCUUAAUCAUAUUUGUAAGAGCCUAGAGCUAGAAACAGAUUUUGCUCAGAAGUGACAUUUUUUGCAAUACUGUAUCAUCACGACCAGUCUGGUAAAAACGCAGACAAAACCUUAAAGCAGAUCUACACCAUUUUAUUAACCUUUCUUACAUACACUAAAGCAAAGUAUGUGUGGCGAAUAUGGAAAUAAGAGCUGUCACUAGUAACGUUCUUACCUCUUACCAAAGGCUACAUUAAAAGCAUUUGGGAAUGUUUUCAUUCUCUCCCUGCAAUGGUCAUACCAUAAAUCACACAGAAGCUGUAGUUAUUUUUUAAGGGCUUCCCUGAAUUUAAGAUUCCUAUGUCACCGUUAAUAAAAGCGUGAUGUAUACAUAUGUGUGUAUACACUUCACCGGUUAAUUCCCGGUGACAGAAUCCCAUCACGGCUGAGGUUGGCAGGGAUCUUUGUUUCACCCGGCCCAACCCCCACUCAAGCGGGGACACCCAGAGUAGGGUGCCCAGGACCACGUCCAGGCAGCUUCUGAAGAGCUCAGGCCAACUGUCUAACCCCAGGACUUCACACUUCCUAAACAGGUGAAAUACUUGUAGUUUUCUUCAUCCUUUAAGAACAUGGGGUUGUCAUUCACAACUAUCUUCCCAGUAGGAAAUAAAUUACAGUCACGCACAAACAUACUUUAAACUCAGUAUAUACCAAUCAUAUCGAGAGGUUACUGUUAGCUUCUCUAGAAGAAAUCUUGGGACGUCACCCAUGCCAACAGUGUUAGCUUUUCACUAUUGCUCAUGUAAGUUAAGAUGCAUUAUGAAUGCUAAAGGCAUUCUUUCCUUUUUUUUUUUCAUUACAAAUGUAUUUUUGUAUGUGCUUUUAGCAUAUCUCUACCCAUACCCAUUAUUAUUAGCUUAAAAAAAAUAAGUAAUUUUAAGUUGUGUACUUUAAUAAUGAUUAUUCAUGACUGUAUUUAUCACUCUUAACUAUUAAUUACCAAAUAUAUUUGCUGGAUGUAAGCCUUUUGUAUUUCAAUAAAUUAUAAUAAAACCAUCUCCUUGAAAAUUUCACUGGGAUUGAAUUGGUAUUUAAUCUCACACUAAGGCGCAUCAUGUUAUCUUAAACAUGAUAUUAAACUGUAGUUACAACUGUAGCUUAAAGAUACUGACAUGAAGUUACGCCUAAAAACUAUCAAAGCCUGAAAUACUUCAACUGUAUUGAACUGAAAAAGAAUACUCUGAUCUGGCCCUUGAAAGAGGCAAGUUUGAUAAACUUUUCUUCUUCCUUCUUCAACUCCAAAACUGUCGCAGCAGAUCAACUCAGCAUAUCCUAAAUAGUAUCACUAGUCACUGUUAUGAAAAUGAAGCAGAUGAAAUGGUAAGCAGCACAGCAAACAGUAUGUGCAUUGAUUACGAUAAAGCCCUCAUGGUAAAGCAGCAAAGGUUUAAAAAACAACUGCAAUACAAGUAAAAGUAUGUUUCAAAAAAUCCUCAGAAAUGAGAUACAUUUAGAGACAACAGUGUAAGAAUUUCUUAAUAUUAGAAUGCUAUAUUAAAAGAACAUUCAACUUAAAGCAUAGAGAAAAUUUUACCUAGUGUGGCUUUAAGCACCAUAAACAUGUGGCAGGAUUUAGCACAGAAGUCUUUCCAUCUUAAUUUACCCUUAAUUACUACACUUAAAAUUUUUAAAACACAAAGAGAGAUGCAAGUGAGGUUUCAACAUGGAAUGUAUUUUAUUUUUAUUUUUUAAAUUUUCAGUACAGUAUUAGGAGGUCAUUUAAAUACUUUAAAAAUAUUUUGGGGGAAAAAAAAACAACAAAGAAACAAGGGCUUCAGCGACAAAAAGAAAUCCAGUCUCAACAGUGUGUAAUAGGCAAGUAUGUAAUGACCUUAUGAUCCUU